UCCAGACCAUGAGUGAGGCCAGAUUGGAGGGAGGAGCCAGGGUGGGAGGGGCAGGGAAGAGGGUGUCUCCUCUCACAGCUUAAAAGCGGCUCAUGCCACUUCCUCCCCAGACAGAGGCCCAGCACAACCUUCCUGUGUGGUUUCACCCACCGAGAGCGUCAUGGACCUGGGGAAGCCAAUGAAAAGCGUGCUGGUGGUGGCUCUCCUCGUCAUUUUCCAGGUGUGCCUGUGUCAGGAUGAGGUCACUGAUGAUUACCUCGGCGAAAACACCACAGUGGACUACACGCUGUACGAGUCCGUGUGCUUCAAGAAGGAUGUGCGGAACUUUAAGGCCUGGUUCCUCCCGGUCAUGUACGCCAUCAUUUGCUUCGUGGGCCUGCUGGGCAAUGGGCUGGUCAUGCUGACCUACAUCUAUUUCAAGAGGCUUAAGACCAUGACCGAUACCUACCUGCUCAACCUGGCCGUGGCAGACAUCCUCUUCCUCCUGACCCUUCCCUUCUGGGCAUACAGCGCAGCCAAGUCCUGGGUCUUUGGGAUCAGCAUUUGCAAGCUCAUCUUUGGCAUCUACAAGAUAAGCUUCUUCAGCGGCAUGCUCCUGCUUCUUUGCAUCAGCAUUGACCGUUAUGUCGCCAUCGUCCAGGCCGUCUCGGCCCACCGCCACCGCGCCCGUGUCCUGCUCAUCAGCAAACUCUCCUGCGUGGGCAUCUGGAUGGUGGCCGUGGUCCUCUCCACCCCGGAGCUGCUGUACAGCGGCAUCCAGAAGAGCAGCAGCGAGCAGGCGCUGCGCUGCUCCCUCAUCACCGAGCGCGUGGAGGCCUUGAUCACCAUCCAGGUGGCCCAGAUGGUGGUGGGCUUUCUGAUCCCCCUGCUGGCCAUGAGCUUCUGCUACCUCGUCAUCAUCCGCACCCUGCUCCAGGCGCGCAAUUUCGAGCGCAACAAGGCCAUCAAGGUGAUCAUUGCCGUGGUCGUGGUCUUCAUAGCCUUCCAGCUGCCCUACAACGGGGUGGUCCUGGCCCAGACAGUGGCCAACUUCAACAUCACCAGCGGCACCAGCUGCGAGCUCAGCAAGCAGCUCAACAUCGCCUACGACAUCACCUACAGCCUGGCCUGCGUCCGCUGCUGCAUCAACCCUUUCCUGUACGCCUUCAUUGGCGUCAAGUUCCGCAGCGACCUCUUCAAGCUCUUCAAGGACUUGGGCUGCCUGAGCCAGGAGCAGCUCCGGCAGUGGUCCUCGUGCCGGCACACCCGGCGGUCCUCCAUGAGCGUGGAGGCCGAGACCACCACCACCUUCUCCCCAUAGGAGGCUCCCCAGCCUGGACUAGAGGGACCGCUCCUGGGGUCCCCCAGUCGGGACAGGGAGCAGAUGACUCGGGGACCGACAGCUGCUGAGGGAAAGGCCGUUCUGGCCAUUCGAGUUUAUCUUGUGGUGAAAAAUCUGCGCCACAGAAGACAGAUGAGCCCCAGCCCUGGCUACCUCAAGCACGGUUGCGGGGAGACGUGGUUGACGAGCUACCCCAGAUCCGACAAUACUCCAAAACCAAGGCCGUUGUCCCCGAACUCAAAGGCAAAGGUGAAAGUCAAGGAAGAAUUCACGCCUCCUGGCGUGAAGGGAUCAGCGCUGGUGAGAGCUAGGGUGGCUGGCGGAAGGAGCCUGGCGAGUCCUCUGAACCAACCUUCUUCUAACCUGGAAAGCAUCCCCACUGAGAUUCAAGAUCUGAGGCCAGGUCGUCCAGAAAGCAAAGCUUUGUCUGCAAGACUAGAGACAGUGGGGCAACCUCUCACCUGGGCAGGGGAAGGGAAUGCCGAUGGGUCAGACUAACUCUCUGAAUCCCUCCCUCCAUCUCUCUUUCUCCACUGUCACCCCAGCCAGCAAAAACGCAGCCUCCAGGUCUCCUAACAGGACACUUGCCCCUCGCCUGCCGCCUCUCUGGCUCUUGCAUCAUAGGCUUACUCUCCAUGCUGAAAGGGUGUGGUGUUUUCUGCAGGCCAGGCCCCGCCAAAGCCACCUUCCCAGCCAGGGCUCUGGGGCAGGGAUGACGUCUGGCCAUCCCUUCUCAGGCCUCAGCUCUGCUAGGAUGGGAGGAGAAGGCAGGGAGAGAGGUUAGGGCCCGGGGGUGGGUGACAAUGCCGGCUGCCACCAGGACAAAAGAAAUCUCUCAUCCUGUUCUGCUUUCAAUUAAUUACGAGAGCACAAUUUACUCAUACACAAAUAAAAGUUUUCCCAUGAGGAAAUAACAGCUUCAAAAGAAAGGAAAAAAAUUUUUGUUAAAUGGCAAA